AUGGCAGAAAUCAAAGACGGCAAGUUCGCCCACGACGCCACGGCUCCCCCGCAGUCCAACCGUGUCCUGCCCCUGUUCUCCCUCAAGGGCAAGACAGCCAUCGUCUCCGGCGCCACAUCUGGCAUCGGGCUGGCCGUCGCCCAAGCCUUCGCUGAAGCCGGCGCCAAUGUCGCGAUAUGGUACAAUAGCAGGCAGGAGGAGGCUGAAAAGGCGGCAAAGGAGGUUCAAAAUGAGUACGGGGUCAUGUGCAAGGCCUACCAAGUGAACGUCAAAAGCUACGAGGCGGUUGAGGCGGCCAUCAACUCAAUCGUGUCGGAAUUCAACGGCCGGCUCGACGUGUUUGUGGCCAACUCGGGCAUCGCCUGGACCAAGGGCGCCAUGCUGGACGGGCCGCUGGACAUGUACACGUCGGUGAUGCAGGCCAACGUGGACGGCACCUUUUACUGCGCGCGCGCCGCGGGCCAGCACUUUAGGCGGCAGAAGCGCGAGGGCACGACGCUCGACGGCAGCCGCCCGCUCGACCCGCCCUUCACGACGGGCAGCUUCAUCGCGACGGCCAGCAUGAGCGGGCACAUCGUCAACAUCCCCCAGCUGCAGGCGGCCUACAACGCAAGCAAGGCCGCCGUGGUCCACCUGUGCAAGAGCCUCGCCGUCGAAUGGGUCGGGUUUGCCCGCGCAAACUCGGUGUCGCCCGGCUACAUUGUGACCACCAUCUCCGAGUUUGUUCCAGAAGAGACCAAGAAGAUCUGGAAGGACAAGAUUCCCAUGGGCCGCGAGGGGAUGCCAAACGAGCUCAAGGGGGCGUAUCUGUAUUUGGCAUCAGAUGCGUCCUCGUAUACCACAGGGACCGAUAUCAUUGUUGAUGGCGGGUACUGCUUGCCAUGA